UAAGUUAAGUCACUGUCAAAGUCAUAAACAAAUAUUUAUUUAUUUUAUUUGGUUUCACUGGUGGGAGAGGAGUGCAGAAUAAGAGAAGUUAUUCAUAUUGCUUAAACUCUGUUUUCAAAUUCCAAUAACCAGAAAAAACAGGCUUCUACCUCAAACAGGCAUCCCGGAACUAGGCCUGUCUCUACUUUUGCCAGAUUAUAACUCGGACUCAUAGGUGCUGGUAUGGACUAGGAUAACUAUAUCUUUUACUUUUCCAAUCUAGUUAGUCUUCAAGUCAAGUCAAAAUCAUGGUGAAAAGAAGGGGCUGGCCUUGUCGGGAUGCUGUUUUGUUGAAACCACUGGUGUUUAACCUCGAAGAAGGCCUUCAAAUUGAGAAAGUAUUUAGGCCAAAUUUAAGCCUUAUUCAACAGAAACCUGGAGAAGUAACUCUGGCUUCAAGAGAUGGGGCCAUUGAUCUUCUUAGAUUUCUUCGGAUGUGGUUAGAAUUGCCUCACUCUGUAUUUUUUUCUGCAGUUUCAUACCUGGAUAUGUUUCUUGCUAAAAUGAGGGUGCAAGAAAAAUUUCUUAAAUGUGUGACAAUCAGCUGUCUCUAUUUAGCAAUGGAAAAUGAUAAAGUUAAAUGUGAUAUGAACCAUCUGGUUAAGAUUUCGCAAAGCGAAUGUACAGCAAGAGAUGUAGAGAGAAUGAUGAACAUUAUUAAAGAGAAAAUAAAAACUGAACCAGGAGAUGAAAUCGUAACACCAGCAGAUUUUCUUCAAAUCUAUAUUGAUAUAUUUCAGUGUGUAACUGAGAAGUGGGAACAUUUUGUAAACAAGGAAGUAACGGAAAUUAAAGAAAGAAUGCUUAUUUUGAUCGAAGUCUUGUUAAGCAAUUCUAGCACAGCAUAUAUUAGAUCCUCAGUAAUGGCUCUAAUAGUAUUUCACAGUGAAGUUGAAAAAAUUAUGGCUCAAGGUCUGCCUAAUAAGUCAGUAUUUUAUUUGGGAGAAGUUUUGCAAUUUCUCUCAGUUAUCAGGGAAAUUCAGUUGAAAUGUAAGAUAAAGAAUACCGAAUUGAAGUUAAGUUACUUGCAAAUCUCCAAGAUUUUAAGACAAUAUGAUUCUCAGGAAAAGAAUAAAAAAGUUGGACAGAAGCUGACUUGGAACUUUUCACUCAAGACCAUUCGCAGAUCAUUAAAACGUUUGCAUUAUCGGCCGAAUUUUCAAACAAUUCAAGAAUAAAAUUCACCAAAAUCGUUAUCUGGAUUUUGUCGAGUGAUUAUUUUUAAUUUUGUGUUGGUUUUAAUUUUUUUUAUGUUUAAGAUGUUGUUACUCUUAUCAUUUAUCUGUUUUUUAAAUGUUUGAAGUAAUGAAUUUAAUAUGGUUUUGAUGAUAAUUGCACUAUGAACACUCGAGUAGAGCUUUACGUUUGUGGUAGUUUUAUUUUAUUUUCAGUUUUGUGUUUGGCAUUUUUAAACUUCCAUGUUUCUUAAUUUACUAGUCUCAUACACUGUUACCUCAAUGGCAGUUUAAUCACGAUUGUAAUAAAUGAUUUUUUUAAAA